CCGGAUAUGAAACAUUUUUCAAAUGCGCGCCAUUAUUUGCUCUGAAUGAUUUGUUGACAUGAUGUUUGCUUAGUAUAUUUUAAUGUUUAGGAUGCGAUUCCAUCAUUAACUGAAGGAGAAGAGAUGGGAAUCAUUGAAAUAUUUGAGUCUCGUGUGCCAUGCUUGUCAGACAUUUUAGACUUGCAAAGAAACUGUCAAAAACAACAGCUGAAGUUUUCUACAGAUACUAAUCGUUAUUUGCUGUACCUCACGUUGAAGAAAGUGGGACCAUUUGUUGCACAGAAACUAGUUAGCAAAUUGGUGGAGAAAGGGGAGAUAAAAUGGGACGAUGAUGACAACUGGGAAGUGGAGAGAAUUCUGGAUCAUGUUCAGGAAGAGGACAAGGACUUCUAUCUCAUUAAGUGGAAAGGUUGGAGCAACGCUUAUAAUUCCUGGGAACCCAAGGACAAUCUAUCCUGUGAAGAUCUGCUCGCAGAAUUCAAAGAAUUCCAGGCCAAAGGAAGGAAGCGCAGGAUCGUGGAGACGGAGGAUGAUCUGGCUCCCAAUCCAAAGCGUAACAGGGUAGAUGAAAUCUUCCUCAAACUUGCACCUGUUCGAGACACAUUGUCGCCUCUAGGACUCAUGUCUCUAUCUAGUCCCACAAAGACAGGGAAGAGGCCGGUAUACAAAGGAAUCAAUAGGAAUUAUGGAGAAUCCAGAUUUGUGCCCCGGAGAGCCCUGGCUCCAGGCAUGAAACAGCUGAACCCAAGAUCGAAAUUCUACAAACAGAAGAGAGUUGAGGUUCAGAAAGAGUUGAAAGAGUGGGAGAGACAUUUGAAUAGAAUUAACACAGAUCCAGCAGGGAUUGUGGUGGAAAAUGUGGUGGAUCUAGAGGGGCCACCUGAAAACUUUAUGUAUAUAAAUGACUAUCGGUCAGGGGAGGGAAUCACGAUACCGGACGACCCGAUCGUAGGAUGUGAGUGUGAAGAUUGCCAUAGCAGUCAAAAAACAUGCUGUCCCGCCCAGUGUGGUUCAAUGUUUGCUUACUACAAGAAGAAGAGACUGAAGGUUAUGCGGGGAACUCCUAUAUAUGAAUGUAACAGGCGAUGCCAGUGUGGAGUUGAGUGCCCCAAUAGGGUAGUCCAGCAGGGCCGGAAAUUCAAAGUGUGUCUGUUCCGCACUGCCAAUGGCCGGGGGUGGGGCGUGAAGACAUUACAGAAAAUUAAAGAAGGCUCCUUCGUAGUGGAAUAUGUGGGAGAGGUGAUCACCGACAAGGAAGCCGAGCGGCGGGGUAGGCAGUAUGACGCUGUCGGCAGGACCUACCUUUUUGAUUUAGACUACAACCCGGGAGACUGCCCCUUCACAGUGGAUGCUGGUUACUAUGGCAACGUGUCUCAUUUCAUAAAUCAUUCAUGUGAUCCAAAUUUAGAAGUGUUUGCUGUGUGGAUUAACACUCUAGACCCUCGUCUGCCUCGCAUUGCUCUGUUCUCCAAGAGGGACAUCGAGAAAGGGGAGGAGUUAACCUUUGAUUACAUGAUGACAGGGGACACUACUAAUGAAGCUCCUACACUAGAUAACGUAGACAUCUCAAAACAGGCCAAGCUGCUGCAAGCGUCCAGUACCCAGUCCAUUGACCUGACCAGUGACGGUAGCACUGCCACGGAGGACGAAGACACCUCCGACGAAACGCAAGGAGAAACCGACACUUCUAAAGAAACCGACACCGAGGGAAGUGAAGCAGCAGACAAGGAGGAGGAAGUCAUACAGACAGAGAUAAAGACGACCGCCACGGGGACAGAGAUAAAGACGACCGCCACGGGGGAUGCUCCGGUCAACGGGAUGGGAAUCAACAUGGAUCCUGUCACGAAAAAGACACCGGAGAAACUCUUGCCCAAAACUGUAACUGACCAGUACAAGAUUGUUUGUCAAUGUGGAGCGAAGAACUGUAGGAAGUACUUGUUCUGAUUGUACUAGUCAAGUCUAUACUGGCAUUGUUUGGGUCAUUUCGAUUUGCAAUCCAAGGAAAGCCUAUGUAUUUGAAUGAAAUGUUUAAAUUUGUGACAUUUUUUAGGAUCAUGGCCAAGUUUUGCGCAGAAUAUGAGCUUUUCCAGGAAUACUUUUAAUUAUUUUAAUGGAAUUUAUAUUUUGCAGGAAAAGGCUGUUAGUCAUGUUUUGCUCAAAUAUAAAGGUAUUUAAAUAUUACCAUACAUGUAAGAUAUACUAAGUCACGAUUAGGCCUAACCAAGUCACGAUUACGCCUAACGCUGUUGUGCAUCUUCUCUGCAGUAAAUUUAGAUACUGCAUACAAUGUGUGUCAGUCAGUGUGCACAGUGCAUUAGAAUGGUCAAUUUUAAGCAGUUUGUAAAUACAGCGAUGUCUGAAUCAAUUAGUGAUGAAGGCUAUAUGUGUAUUGAUUGCUUUCUGUUAAAUGAUUUUCGUGGCAUCUGUGCAAGUCCAGAUUGUCAUGUCGAUCGGCUCUUCAGGGGGAAAUCUUUCAUGAUAGUCAUUGUGCAUAUGUUUAUUAUCAUUGCUAGCUGGAGCCAAUAUGAUUGCAUGUAAUUGUAUGUAAACGUGUCAUUCAAUGUUUGUAAUUCUUGUAGGAUAAUCCGACUUGUUAAUGUCGACUCUUCUUGUGUAACUGUAAUCAAUACUAACACUGAGUAUGAUAGGUCUCCCAUUUCACACCGUCAUCAAAUAUAUACCUGUACUGUAUAACCGGUAUUAUCUGCGGUGGAAAUUUUCGCGAUUCGAUCUCUAAAAGGUAACUGUAUUCUGCGUUUCCGAUUCCUGAGGUUGCAAUACACCCUAUCUAUACUUGUAUGUAUCGAUAUAUAUAUAGUUUUUGCCACUGUAAUUUUUGCAGAGCUUUCCUAUCCGCAAAUUUCUUCAAAAAAAUGGACAACAGCAGAAAAUACCUGUUAAUAUGAUGAUUUUCCUGAAAGAAUAAAAUGACGGUUUGCUGGUGGAGAUAUUUUAUUAAGGAAAUUCUGUGAAGUGUCCAUUGUGAAUACACACAUCAUUAAAGUCUUUCAGGCUUUGUGUGUGAAUGUUUUAAUGAAUUAAAUCUUGAUUUUUUUUUUAGAAACAUUGGGCACAGUUUUAUUGUGCUUGUUACUAAAUGAUGCUUGUGUGCGACUCGUCCCAUGUAUUUGUGAUCUUAGUUCUCAAUGGCAGGGAAGUCCAGUCCUAUGCUCAUCAAUAUAUUUAUAAUUUCAUUAUGGUAGAUCUUGUAUAUGUUAAAAACUAUAUUAAUCAUCUCAUUUAUUCUGUACAUGUGUAGUCGUGGAUACGAGAAUGAAGUGUACGAGGCACAUUUUUAAUUUUUUUUAAGCGUGUGUAUUCAUUAUUAGGAAAAAUAAAAUGGACUAAUACAUUUGCAAGAUAUCGAAAUGGACUGUUUUAUUAUGUAUAGAAUUUUAGUGUGAAAGGUGGUGUUCACUUCCUGAUGAAGUUAUAUAGAACUUUUUGAAAUAAAAUUGUACAGUGACAAGAUAAACUUGAGAGUUGAUACAUGUAUUACGUACAGAAGACGAGUCUAUGAAAAUACGUGUAUUUAUAGAACAUAUGUAACUUAUUUCAUAGUAUAUAAAUGCGUAUGAUGUUCUGAAUAAAUUGUCAUAUUUGAUCAUGUAUUGGGGAAAAAAUGAGAACAGGUUUUGAAUGGAUUAGUAACUCUUUUAUCCAACUUUAUUGUGUUCAAGAUUUAAACCAGAUGAUGCAUGUUUAUCCAAUAUUUUAUCUACUAUACGAAAAUGUGUAUGUAAAGACCUUGGAUCUUUUAGAUUUGCAAAGUAAAAGGUCAAGGUCACUCAGGAAAAUUCUGUUAUUUUUAUACCCCAAGAUCAAAGAUCGGGAGCAUUGUUUUUUGUCUGUCUGUAUCUUGAACUUGGCUAUAAACUGAGAACUGUAAGAAA